AUUUCGAAAUCCGAAUUCCCGAAUCCCCCACCUCCACCCCCUCCCCCGCAACCACCACCACCGGACCACCGUCACCGGCGGCGAAGGCACGAUGAGGGAGAUCCUGCACAUACAGGGCGGGCAGUGCGGGAACCAGAUCGGGGCCAAGUUCUGGGAGGUGAUCUGCGACGAGCACGGGAUCGACGGGACGGGGCGCUACGCGGGGGACUCGGACCUGCAGCUGGAGCGGAUCAACGUCUACUACAACGAGGCGAGCGGGGGCCGGUUCGUGCCCCGCGCCGUGCUCAUGGACCUCGAGCCGGGGACCAUGGACUCGGUGCGCUCCGGCCCCUUCGGCCAGAUCUUCCGCCCCGACAACUUCGUCUUCGGCCAGUCCGGCGCCGGCAACAACUGGGCCAAGGGACACUACACCGAGGGCGCCGAGCUCAUCGAUUCCGUCCUCGACGUCGUCCGCAAGGAGGCCGAGAACUGCGACUGCCUCCAGGGAUUCCAAGUUUGCCAUUCCUUGGGAGGAGGCACUGGAUCUGGGAUGGGCACCCUUCUUAUUUCUAAGAUUAGGGAGGAGUACCCUGACCGAAUGAUGCUGACAUUCUCUGUCUUCCCAUCACCAAAGGUCUCCGACACCGUUGUUGAGCCAUACAAUGCUACACUUUCUGUUCACCAACUUGUUGAGAACGCUGAUGAGUGUAUGGUGCUUGACAAUGAAGCUCUAUACGACAUAUGCUUCCGCACACUAAAGCUUGCCACCCCUUCCUUUGGUGACCUGAACCAUCUUAUCUCUGCUACCAUGAGCGGUGUCACAUGCUGCCUGAGGUUCCCUGGACAACUCAACUCCGAUCUUCGCAAGCUUGCUGUGAAUCUCAUCCCAUUCCCCCGCCUCCACUUCUUCAUGGUUGGCUUCGCACCACUGACGUCGCGUGGGUCACAAAUGUACCGUGCUCUCACAGUCCCUGAGCUGACCCAGCAAAUGUGGGAUGCCAAGAACAUGAUGUGCGCCGCAGACCCCCGCCAUGGCCGCUACCUCACCGCCUCGGCCUGCUUCCGAGGGAAGAUGAGCACCAAGGAGGUGGACGAGCAGAUGCUCAACGUCCAGAACAAGAACUCGUCGUACUUUGUGGAGUGGAUCCCCAACAACGUCAAGUCGAGCGUGUGCGACAUGCCGCCCAGGGGGCUGAAGAUGGCGGGCACCUUCGUCGGCAACUCCACGUCCAUCCAGGAGAUGUUCCGCAGGGUGAGCGAGCAGUUCACGGCCAUGUUCAGGAGGAAGGCCUUCCUGCACUGGUACACGGGCGAGGGCAUGGACGAGAUGGAGUUCACCGAGGCCGAGAGCAACAUGAACGACCUCGUCGCCGAGUACCAGCAGUACCAGGACGCGACCGCCGACGAGGAGUACGACGAGGAGGAGGAAGAGGAACGCGACGCGGAGUAGUGGCGCCGUGCCCUGCUCCACCCCAGCUAUAUGUCCCCCGGUUCAGGUCUGUCGCCAUGUCCAGGUCGCGUUUCCUCCGGUGAGGGUUUGUGUGGUUUCCUCCUGUGGCUUGGAUGAGUCGAGGUUGCGUCUUGUGCUCCGUUUUGUAAUUUGCUACGGCUAGUAGUGCGUUGCAGUCUGUCGUGUUCAGCAUCAUUUGGUCAGUCGGUCCAUAGCUGACGAUGGCCUGAACUGUCGAGUGCUCUCCUUGAGCUAGUCGUCGCCUUGUAAGUUCUGACAAGUAUUAUUGUUAGUCGUUCGCUUCAGCAACCAAAAAAUGAGUAUUGGUAGUGGUUUCUCAUUAUCUUUGUGAAUAUUGUACUUAUGUCGGAAUGUUUUUGCCUUGUUAUUUGUGUAUAUUUCGUA